CGUAGACUUCGCUCUUCGCCCAUCUAUUCUUUCUUUCCGGCGGAACCCAAUCCGCCGAAGGCUGCGCUGGCAAUGAGAUUCAAAAGUUCCGCCAGGCCUUGCAGCAUUGACAGCGUGUAGGAGAGUCCUUGUGGAACAAUGGCUAAACAUGACUGGUGACAUAUUUGAGAAACGAUGUGUGGCUUCAGCCUUCCGUAGUUGUUGACAAUACAAGGUACAAAGCUUUCGGGCUAGCAUGUUGUUUCAGCCUUGCAGCAUACACAAUCCCCACUUCAUGAGAAUGUAAGAGCGCCUGCGGGUUCACUUGCUCUUAAAUACCUCUCUUCGCCACUCCAGCUUCGCUCUUUGGAACACUAUCUUACGGCGCCCAAGCAUACUGCACACAGAAGGUCUCAUCUUCUACAUCAUGGUACGAGAAGUUACAGACGAGGACGUGGGACUCAAAGUCCUUUAUGAUGGAAUGGCAAAUGAUCCUCCUGCCAACGGGGGAAAGAUGUUUGACAUUGUUGCCGUGCACGGCAUGGGGGCACAUCCCGAUGACACCUGGUGUAAAGCUGUUGGCCCAAAUGACGACAGGCACUACGUGAACUGGCUGCAGGAGAGAAACAUGCUACCGGCAGCAGUGCCAAAUGCGCGUAUCAUGAGAUAUGGAUACCACUCCAACUGGUUUGGAAAAGAUUCGAUCAGCACCAGAGCUUACAACAUCAGCCAGCGGCUGCUGUUGACACUGACAAAUAAGAGAAAUGACAACCCCACUCGACCUCUUAUCUUCAUCGCACAUAGUUUUGGCGGUUUGGUGGUUCUGAAGGUGCUUCUCGAUGCCUUUCUUGAAAAUAAGAGAUGGUCUAGUAUAUACGAAUAUACAAUCGGGUUGAUCUUUCUUGGGACACCUUUUCGAGGAACGCAUGAUUCAAUGUCUCAGGGCGAGAUCCUUCAGGUUGCAGCGAAGUGCUUCACAGAUGGGACUGUCCAUGAGACUAAUCUCAAAAUCUUGCGGGCAGGGGACGAAACGCUCGUUGAUCUAGUCGAUAGCUACCUUCGCGCCGCUAGGCAGAAAGUCAUGCCGAAAGUUGCAUGUUUCUUCGAGCAAAGGGUAUCACCUGUGGGCGCAAUCGUGGGAAAGUCUGAUGAAAUAAAGGAUGUCAUUCUUGUCGACGAAUCCUCGGGUUGUCUCGACAUCAAUACGUCGUCUGAUAAAUACGGCCUCCCUCGAACCCACUUCACCAUAAACAAGUUUGGGACGCCUAACGAGGAGGAUUUCGUAACUUUGUGUUCCAUUCUACAGAACAUGGUUAAGGGAGGGCCAGCACUGAUUAAGAAGCGUCAGUCGCGUAUGUAUUAGCAUCUUAGAAUCAGACUAUUACAAGCAAGCUCAUUUAUGUUAAAGCUGCCAAACCGAGAACGUAUCAUCUAGUCCCUCACGUGCCUGUUU